CAUUUUGCCAGAUCCCGCACGCGACUACGUCAUCGAAGCUGACGCCAGUGACCAAGCAGUGGGAGCAGACUUGAUGCAAGAUCAAGGGAAUGGACUGCAACCAAUCGCUUACCUAAGUAAGAAACUACACGGGGCAGAACUCAACUACCCGAUACACGACAAGGAGGCCCUGGUUAUCAUCAUCGCCUUCAAAGCGUGGAGAUGCUAUCUCGAAGGACAAAGAACAACCGUCUACACCGACCACUGCAGCCUGAAAUAUUUGAAGACACAACCCAACCUUUCACGGCGGCAGGUCCGGUGGAUCGACUUCCUCGAGACACACUUCCACUACGACAUCGUGUACAAGCCCGGCCACAAAAACAAAGCAGACACUCUCAGCCGACUUGCACACCCUGGACUUCAUCACCGGGUUACCACCUACCUCAGCGGUCAUGACGCCAUCCUUGUCGUCAUUAACAAGUUCUCCAAAAUGGGACACUUCAUCCCGACACACACGACAGCACGCACCGAAGAAACAGCACAACUCUUCGUUCGAUACAUCAUCUCACAGCAUGGCAUUCCAACCACACUCAUCUCCGACCGAGACCCUAAGUUCACCAGCAAGUUCUGGAAGGAACUUAUGUCUCUCCUCGGGACCAAACUCGCCAUGUCAUCUGCUUACCAUCCGCAGACAGACGGACGGACCGAGCGCCUCAACCAAAUUGUUGAGCAACUCCUCCGAGCCGCCUGCAAGGACGAGAUCUCCAAAUGGGACUUGCACCUGCCCGUACUAGAGUUUGCUUACAACAAUGCUACGCAUGCCGCUAUUGGACAGACGCCGUUCUUCCUCUGCUACGGACGCCACCCACUCACACCACAGAAACCGACAGCAUCAGCUACAGUCCAACCAGCACAUGAUUUCAUCACAACCAUGCAUCAGCUUUGGGAUCGGACCCACAAGCGCCUACUCGACAUUCAACAGCAACAGAAGCGCCAAGCUGAUCGCCAUCGCAACGAUCACACCAUCACGGUGGGAGACCAGGUGCUUCUUGACACCCGCAACCUGGACAUCAGCCAUCUCCCAUCUAAACUUCGACCUCGCUUCUGCGGGCCUUUUCUCGUUGAAGCACAGGUCACUCCUGUUACCUUCCGCUUACGCCUGCCAGCUACCUGGAAGAUUCACAACGCCUUCCACGUCCAACUUCUGAAGCCCUAUCGGGACCCGAACACGAUUUUCGUCGGACGCCAACCGCCGCCGCCAACGCCCGUCCUCGUCCAGAAUGAACCCGAGUACGAGGUUGAGUCCGUGCUCGCACACCGCCGUCGUCGGAAUGGCACAGUGGAGCUUCUCAUCCGUUGGAAGGGUUAUGAUCCUUCUGAGGACAGCUGGGUACCUGAGUCCGACAUGGGUAAUGCCCGUCGUCCUCUGCAUAACUACCUUGUCAAGCAGGGUGUUACUUCUACCACCCAGCUUUGAGGGGGGGACGUGUGAGAGUACGACCCCAUUACACCA